AUGUCGUUCCCACAAGAAAAGUCUCUCAAGACUCUCGUCGUUGGCGAAGUCGGUGGUGAAGUUCCACUAAGUUCAGCAUCUAUCCAGAAGGAAACGGAGAGCCAAGAAUAUACCAAGCCCAAGAGAACUUGGAGGUCCGCCAUCUGGUCCACCCUCGAUGUCUCCAAGGAGGAAGCACGUUUCCUCACGAAGCUUGACUUGACGCUUAUCUCGUCCGCAGCUCUGGGGGUCAUGUGUCGCUACCUCGACCAGGUUAACAUCAAUAACGCUUUCAACAGUGGCAUGAAAGAAGAUCUUGCAAUGUACGGUCGAGAGCUCAAUUAUGCAAACGCCAUUUGGAGUGCUGCAUAUGUGUUUGGCCAGAUCCCUUCCAAUCUACUCCUGACUAGGGUCAAUGCGCCACUCUAUAUUGCAUUCCUUGAGUUGUCUUGGACAGUUUUCACCUUUGCCACGGCCGGUGUCAAGGACAUCAAAACGCUCUACGUUUUUCGGUUCUUUGUUGGUCUAUUCGAAGCUGGCCACUUCCCUGCCGUGAUGUAUGUGUGUUCUAGCUAUUACAAACCUCACGAGUUAGCCCGCCGAAACACAUUGAUUCAAAUCUCCACUGGAAUCGGGCCAUUCUUUUCAGGUUUUCUUAUGGCUGCCGUCUUUGCCGGACUUGAUGGAGUCAGCGGCCUUGCUGGAUGGAGAUGGAUGUACAUCAUCUGCGGUGUUAUCUCGUUUCCUUGCGCCGUCUGGACUGCCGUCGCGAUGCCUCAACUUCCUGCUAGAGCUAAGCCCAAUUGGAUUUUCACUCAGGCGGAAAUUGAUCUGGCUCGAGCAAGGAUGCCUUCGGAAAGGAAGCUUCUCACUGGCUUGUUCAAAUGGAAAGAUAUCAAGCGAUGGCAUACAACAUGGCAUGCUUUCCUCUUUCCUUUGUUGUUUGCAUUUAUGGCCCAAUUUGGUCAAUCAGGCCAAUCGAUGAUUUUCUGGGUCAAGAGCUACAACGUCAAAGGAAAGCCCAUGAUAUUUACAGUCCCUGAGAUCAACAUUAUUCCCCUGGGUAUUAACGUGGUUACUAUUGUUGCCACUCUUAUCAAUGCUUGGAUCUCGGACAGCUUGCCUGGCGCUCUCAGGUGGCCUGGGAUGCUAUUUGCAAGUGUGAUGGCCAUCAUCUUUCCGAUCGCCCUUGCCGCGACGCCCGUCCAUCCCCAUCAUAGAGCGAGUCGCUGGGUAAUUUACUACCUUACGUCUCUAUCUGGAACAGCUGCAGGGCUUACCUGGACCUGGGUCAACGAGGUUAAUAGACAUGACCCCGAGAAGCGGGCAUACGUCUCUGCAUUGAUGAAUGCUUUCGCUUACAUUUUCACCGCCUGGGUUCCUAUCUUCACCUUUCCAGCCAACAAGCAGCCGUAUAUCGUGGCCGGUAAUUAUAUCACAGCCGGAUUCGGAGCUUGUGCCGUUGCGAUCGUCCUUGUCAUGCGACACCUAUAUAAUCGAGAUCUUGAGAGGGAGAAGCAGCAACAAGUAUCCGAGAGUGCACUCGAACACAGCGACUCGUUUUAA